AUUGAAUUCCUUCUUUUCGUUCCAUCUUUUCUCGCAAUCUUCUUUGGCCUACUUUUACGUGUAUGUGUAUGCGUGCCGCAAGCCGCAUCGUGAGUACCGUCAAUCAGCUGAUGUCUCGUACUUUUUUCACUGAAAAACAUUUCUCUGUCAUUAUUCGUAUUUGCGACGACGCAUCGAAAAUGACGUAAAUAACUUGGAAAUAAGUCAAGCAUAGAUUGUGUUUAUAAACGCGCAUGAUUAGCUAUAAAUAUGGAUAACGUUCGCUCGUCGGUGGAUAACCUCUUCAACAUGCUGUCUGGUUUGAGCGCAGGUCACGAGAAAGCUUUGAAACAGGGAAUCUACAAUGCCGUCGCGCUCUUCCUUUUAUGUCUGGUCUCAGCAGCCGGCUAUGGUCUUUACAUUAUAUUAAGUCCCUUUGUCAAACCCUUAAUUUGGGCUCUGCUAUGCGGUUCCGUCCUAUUCCCGUUCAAGUACUCGUUGACCACGAUGGUACAAUCCUGGUUCGCUCAGGUAGAAGCAUCUCGGUCCCCACUGAUUGUCAACGUGAGCCUGCUGCCCAUACACAUAUUCGAUAAUAUUUCUGAGAAUCUGGGCUCCUUUUUAUGGAUACGUAUCAAAUAUAUUGUCGGGGCAUUAUCACUGGCGUUAGCGCCCAUAGGUAUAUAUCAUUAUACUCCUAACAUUAUGACAUGUCUCAUGCGAAGGAUGUUUCAAGUGUUCACCACCGUCUCUGGAUUCUUCAUCCCAACAUGCAAUAUUUUUAUGGUCUCUACAAUACUUGUUGGAUAUCUGACAAUACUAUACAUUUAUUGGACGCCAUCGAACUCUAGCCGUUUUCGUUACACGUCUUUUGUGAUGUGGUUCAUCAUUACCAUGUAUCUCUCGAGUAUGGCAGGCACUUAUCGAGUCUUGGUUUUUGCCACUCUACAAAUUCUAUGCGCGAUCGGAUUUAUUUACGAAGUGUUAUCGAUUAUGGAAAAUCAAGAGCUGAACGGUAGACACUUGACCUUCUCGGAGGCAGCACGAUUCGCUUUAACGAAUAAUUUAUUACCAAGUCCGCAGGAAAACAUAUCAGCUUCAUCGGAGAGCGAUAAAACACAGACGAACGAUCAGAUUUUAGAGGAAGAGAGUACUAUGGAUACGUCGCUUUGUUCUGAAGAAGACGUGAAGAUGCCAAUGUCGAGAGUCAAUAGAAUGCUCGGCGCGUUCAAAUUCGACGUAAAGUCAAUGUCCUUGGAUGCGGAUGCUGGCCUCUCGUCUGCGCAUAAACCGCGACCUGCGUGUAAUGUACAUUCUGAAACAACAUUACGUGAGCGUUAUUUGCUCAGCAAAAUAAAGGCUGAAUUACGAAUGUCUUUAGAUAUGCAAGAUGAUGAAGUCGAUACUGACAAAUAUAUGUAUGGAGCGCUAUACGCGUGCGUUGGUAUGCUUCUUUGGAAGCACAGAUGGAUCUCGUAUAUCCUGGUGAUCCCAUUGGUGUAUUAUAUCGUCAAACAGUUAGGUCGUUAUUUUGGUUUUUGGGAAAUCAUACGCAGACAAUAUGAUUCGACAAUACAAACAAUCAAAUCAUGGUGCCUGGAACGACAUCAAGCUCUCAUACCCUCCAAUAUCAGAGGUCUCUAUAAAGUAAGCAUUAUCGUGGAUGAAAAACUGAGGAAUGUUCUGAAGGAAUCUGUUAACGCGGUAGCGACUGCCUCUGUGAUACUUGGAUUGAUCGUUUUCACCACUUGUGCAUCUAUUUUUAUAACGAUACAGGUUUAUAUGGAAGGUUUGCAUCUUGUUCAAGUAACGGGUGAAAUAUUGAAUUCCUCCUUGAUGAACAAUCCUGAUAUUGAUUGGGUUCCAGAGAAAUGGGAAGAAUCUGUUAAUAGUGUUUUAGAUAAUGCUUAUACUUAUGGACGAAGCGCUAUAUCAGAAGGAAUACGAAGUCUCGUGAAAGAUCUAGAACCGUCCAAAGCGGAGCAAAUGGAGAAGAAAGUCUUGGAGCUUUGGGAUCGUCUCUACCAAGCAUGGAUGAUGUCGAAUGUGGAUGAAAAUUUUGUGGGUCCUACUGUAGACACUACGUCUGCGUAUUUUGCUUGGGAGAAUUUCAAGGAAAGCUUCGGGAAAAUGCCUCUCCAUUUCUUCAAUAUGGCAAGCCUACAGAAUUUUGCCAAGGAAAAUAUUGGUAUUUUAAUGUCAGUGCUUGAUUCUAUUUGGAGCAUUGUCAAGGGUAAUAUGUCUGUGAUACUGACAAUAUUCACAGAACUAUUCUACAUCGUACUUAUGAGUGGAUCAGCUGUAUUUAAUUUUAUACUUAGCACAGUGGUUUUCUUUACGACUCUAUUUUAUUUACUCAGUUCCAGUGGUAAAACUUAUAAACCCAUUGAAUUGACAACAAUGUUCAGUCCCAUUAGUUGUCACAGAUUCGCCAUCGCGUUACAAGAGGCGGUAAUCGGGGUGUUCGCAGCGACUUUCAAGCUGGCUUCCUUCUUCGGUAUGUGGACGUGGUUCAUACACAACUUAUUCCAAGUGAAGAUUGUUUACUUACCAUCGGCCCUCGCGACUAUGCUGGGUGCAGUUCCUUUCUUAGACGCGUACUUUGCCUGUAUUCCGGCCACGAUAGAACUCUGGUUCACCCGCGGAUCGAUGCUCGCUAUUCUUUUCUUUCUUUUCCAUUUUCUCCCCUGUAACAUAGUAGUGACAGAAUUCUAUAAAGAGAUUAAAGGUGGCGGGCAUCCUUAUCUGACAGGCCUCUCGAUAGCAGGUGGAAUUUUCUGUUUAGGCGUAGAAGGGGCAAUUUUUGGUCCUUUGCUUCUAUGUUGUAUUAUGGUUGUCAUCAAUUUAAGUCGACGUUAUCUACAUUCGCCCGAAGAUGAAGUUACACUUCCAGCGUAUUCCAGUACACCGUGAUACGAGGCAAAAUAACAGUAUGCUUUUAUUCUAACAAUUUACUUUGUUUAAUAACGUUGCGAUUAUGGGCUUGAAUCCCUAGCUUUUAUUAAGAACUAUAAGAUCAAAAAUUUUAUAUUAACAUUUUAUGAAAGUUACCGUGUACAAUAGCUCGACUAAACGUGCAACGCGCACACAAACGUGUAAAAGCUGAAUUCAGACCAAUCACAAACAAUUAUCGACGAAUAUCAGUGAACGUGAAGAGAAGUUAAUUAUUUAAUAUUUUAUCUCUUUUUAUAUAAAAUAUUUUUUUAUGAAGUUUUUGUGUAUAUAAUUAUUUAUAAAUUAAUUUUUUAUGUAUAUAAAAAAAAACAUAAUACUUCUUCGCUGAUGCUCGUGAUCAUUUACAUUCUCACUAGAUUGGUCCAAAUUCUGCUCAAAUUCAUACGUGCUUUACAUAUAUAUACUUUUAUGUGAUAAGAAAACGAAGAGAAAUCUCGGCUUACGCUUAUUAGCCUUAGAAUUAUACCUAUAUACAUAUAAUAAAAACAAAUUAUUUUUAAUAUAAUCAUUAUUUUUUAUUUUUGAAAUUUGGUUUGAAAUGACAUAAGUUUGCAUAGUCUUCCAUUAUCUCUGAUUAUAAAUUUGGUACAUAUAUAUAUAUAUAUAUAUAUGUAUAUAUAUAUAUAUA